AAGAAAAACAGAGCUUUGAGGAAAGAAGAUAAUGGUAGCUUUGGUUUCUCGCACUGGAAGGGAUUUGCAGCGUUACAACAAAGGCCGUCGCCAAGUCGUUGGAUGCAUUCCAUAUAGAUACAGAGUAACAAGUCAAACACCCAUUGGGGAUGAGGAAAAAUUAGAAGUUCUUGUCAUUACUUCACAGCGAGAAGGCAAAGGCAUGUUGUUCCCAAAGGGAGGUUGGGAAGCAGACGAAUCCAUAGUAGACGCAGCUUUGCGAGAGACAGAGGAGGAAGCUGGAGUUGUUGGCACUCUAGAGGGUACAUUGGGUAAAUGGUGUUUCAAGAGCAAAACCCAAGAUGAAUACUAUGAAGGGCACAUGUUCCCCUUGCUUGUUCAGGAGGAACUUGAUUUUUGGCCCGAAAAAGACAUUCGCCAAAGAAUAUGGAUGACCGCGACUGAGGCAAGGGAGGUUUGUCAGCAUUGGUGGAUGAAGGAAGCCUUAGAUAGAUUAGUACGACGCCUCACAUCUGUGGAAAAGCGCGAAGAGGAAGAAGUAGUAGGACCAUGUUCUCUAAGCUAGCUCAGCAAAAAUCUUCUAAAAUUGUAAAUAGGAAAUUGUUGAGGGACUCAGACAUGGUUAGAGCAGAGGAGGAGUAAGAGUAUUAGAAUCAGAGCAAUCAAGAGAGAGGAACAACAACCCUGUUGAAAGGAUUGGAUUGGAAGACAAGUAGGAGGAGGAAACUGGGGUUGCUAUCUUGUUUCAUGUUGUUGGGUGGUUUCUAGUUUUGAUGGGUGUUAAAAUGAUGUACAUUAAUUUGUUGGAAACCAACAUAUAUAUUGAUUGAGAAUUAGAACCACCACAUCUUGAAAACAAAUACAGUACAUGAUAUUAGAUUCUGACCA